CACAUACGGAAAGGCGGAAUGACGUGAAAUCAGGUGGAGAGAAAAUCGCCUUUAGACCGACGGAGCGAUGUCGCAGACGUUCGGCGGACCUUCGCGUUAACAAAGUAACCCGUUUUAAAACGGAAACUGUAUCGAAAACAACAUUAUAAUAAGCUUUUAUUAGAUUAUAGGCAGUAGGUAAUGUCUUAGAGAGGGUUUGUUUUGCCUGAAAUAACCUCGGAGCGUCUUUUUGGAUAAACGGAGACGUUUGUGAUUUUCGGAUGAAGUGAAUAAGACUUGAGACUUAAGACGCCUCACGUUCUGAGAGGACUUACUGGUGUUUGCUAAGCGAUGCUGCGGCUAAUGCUCCUCUUACUUUACUGGUGGAGCCAUGCCGGAGCUUCCCCACAGUCCUCACACUCCGCAGCCCAUCAGGGAGGUGAGUCAGGCCAAGAUGGCCUAAAGCCACACAUAUAUUACUGCCGCUCUCCGAACAUGGAAACCUUUACUUGCUGGUGGCAUCCCCUUGACAACGGUCUCCAGGGAGAUGACAACCUCACCCACAGGCUCUUCUACACCCUUGGUAACAGGCCUCCAACAGAGUGUCCAGACUAUGUGAGUGGUGGACCAAACAGUUGUUACUUUGACACAGAGCACACAAGGAUUUGGGAGGUUUACUGCAUGAACGUAACGGCCCACAGCAGCAGAGGUUCAUUCACCUCUAAAAAGCACUGUUUGGACGUGGCCGAAAUUGUCGAGAUCGAUCCACCAUAUAACCUCACAUACACUUUAAUGAACAUGACUAAGGAUGAAGCAGGUUGCACCGUAUUAGUGUCCUGGCAGUACCCCAUUGCUCAACAUGUCCAAAUUGGAUGGAUUACACUCAUCUAUGAGCUACGUUAUAGAGCUAUCUCUGAGCCCAGUAACUGGAAGGUAAAGGAGCGGCUACGUGAACCUCAUCUGGAGCUUCUAGGCUUGUCAUUGGGGAGGUAUGAAGUCCAAGUGCGCUGCCGCUCACAAAACAACCACCUGUGGAGCAAAUGGAGCUCCCCAAUUACCAUCAUCAUUCCUUCCAGACGUCUGCCUGAUCACAUGGUCUAUGGUCUUGUACUAAUGACUACCAUUGUAGUCAUAAUCUUGCUCCUCAUUGGACUUGGGAUUAUUCCACAAGGCAAGAGGAUAAAAACUUUUCUCCUGCCACCAAUCCCUAAACCCUGCAUCAAAGGAAUUGAUCCCAUGCUUCUUAAGAAAGGCAAGAUGGAUGAGAUUAAUUAUCACUUCUCCACCCUGCAAGGCUACAAGGCACCACGCUACCGUGGGGAGCCAGUGUACCACGUCAGCAUGGACGAAGAUGUCUUUUUAUCUCGACUGAGCUCUAUGACUAGCAUCCAGGAGAAUAAAGAGCCUCAAGACACACAGAGCCCUGACUGCACUGAAGACCAGCAGCUACUUCACACCCCUGAUGUCCCUAGUCCGGACUGCCAAGACCCUUUCUUCUGUAGCGAAGAGACUUCAGAGCCGACCAUGACCGAGGCCACUUUGUGGGUUUGGCCAAAGGAUAGCCACGUGCAGCCGGAGCUGCUCUCAUUCCCAGGGACGGAAUACAGUAUGAUUGUAAACCCUGCACCUACAAAUACCAGUAUGCCACCCAAAACUCAGGAGUUAUACACCUGUGUGCAUGGAGUAACCGCCAACGAGAUGGUACAGCUUGUGCCCUGCAUGUCGAAUUCACUCGGAGGUUCCUCUUAUCUUGAGCUAAAAGAUAAACCAGAGGAAGACACAAAGAAGCUCAGCCAGUUAACAGCCUUUAUGGAUAAACAAGAGGAAGUUCAAGCCAAUGAAAUGAGGUUUUACCCAAAAGAGGGGGAGCAGAAUGAGUAUGUUGUACCUUUUAUUACCACAACCAACAGACAGGAGCUAGGUGUUGUGUAAAUAUGUACUGUAUAUGGCAGUUUGUACCCAUCAAAAGUUGCUGUGAGUAAAUUCUGGAACGGGUAAGGGUGAAAGGCGGGAAAUCAAGUUUGGACCAAAAAUGAGUUGUUCUGGUAUUAAUACCAUUAUAUCUCUGAUUUAAGAAUUAAUUAUUUAUUAUUUAGGUUACUUUCUAACCUUGCCUUAGCUGCCUUCCUUCAGCCUUCAGCUGUAUGUUUGUGUUAUCAAACCUCUGCCACUAGGUGGCGGAGACGUUAUGUUUUCAGGUUGUCCAUCCUUAUGUCUGUGCGACAAUCUCGUUAGGCAGAUAUCUCACCACUGUAGCCAACAGAUGAACUGAUUAGACUUUGGAAGCGAUCCAGACAGGCUCGAGGUCGCAGCAAUAUCUGAGUUUUUCUUUAUUAGCUUUCCUCCUGUUUAAAGUAUGUUGUAAUGGCAUUUCAGGCAUACAGAUUAAUGACUAGAAGGACCAGCCAUGUUGGCUAUGGAGCAUUUCCAGGCGACACCAUUGAAAUAAGAGUUCUACUUCUAAAUGCCAUUUUGUUUUGUCAGUUCUAUUUAAAGAUGUUCUUUGCUGUUCAUGUCAUUAUGGAGUGUGUAAGUGUGCCCUCCUCUAUUAUCACCAGGAUGUGAAGACGUUUUAGCACUCAGUAUCUGAUUGCAAUCUUAACUGAUUAUCCUUAUGGCCAUUUUGCUAUGGCAAAUAACUAUCUAAAAAGCUGAUGAAAGCAUGGGAAAAAAAAUGGUAUUCAGCGUACUCGCUGCAUUCACUUAACAUUUGUCAAACCGGCUCUUUGCCAAUUAUGAUUUUUGCUGCUCUAAAUCAAAGUUAUAAAAGAACUAAAAUAAAACAUUUCUACUUUGUUUUGGUAAAUUGUUUGUUUUCUUAAAAUAGAUAUGCCAAAAUAUACUAUUGGCAAAAAAAUCAGUCAAAACAAAGCUUUUCGUCUUUUCUCAGUAGAAUCCAGCUUAAACAACUUCCAUUGGCUUUUUCCAGACAACCUCACAUAUAUCAAGGACUUCAGCACACACGCAAAGUAUAGAUAGAUGUACACACCUUUUUGUACGGUACCUGAAGAGUCGGUGUACAUAAGUUUAGAUACACACACACCUCUUUGUAACCAUAGUAACCACUUUGUCAUGUUCAAGACAAAUGUAGCUCUAGAGCCAAUCCCAGCAAUAUUGUGUAUAAGGUAGGAUAAUUGGCUACCAGUCUAUGACACAUCCAAUCAGCCUACUUGGAUGUUUUUGGGAGGUGGAAGGAAACCAGACAACCCACAGUAAACCAACAUGUAUGCAGGGAGAACAGGGAAAACUCCACUCAGGCAGUAACCUGAGCUCAGGAUCAAAAGCAGGACUGUAAAGAUGUGAUGAGGCAAUAAUGUUAUCCACCCUGAGGACAAUCAUACAAAACAAAUUACUGUACAAGGCAUUUUGGGGUUACUUUUAUCCUUAAGUCACGCUGAAGUACCACUUCAUAUGUCUGACCACAGCCAAACAAAAUGAAAAACUAAACGUAAAAGUCCUCUUGUGUGCUCUCACUACUUUCAAAUACAUUCCUGACAAAGAGAAGCAUUUACCUGAGUGCAUCUAUUUCUACCGCAUGAUCAUAGUACAAAGAGCAAUUUCUUGAAGAGAUCCAAGCUAUGCAGUGAAUCCUCUAAACCAGCUCGACAGAUGUCCUCAGAAACCUAAUGGUUGUCUCUUGUUCUUUAAAAAAAAAAAAAUCAAUACAAUCAGUAGGCUUAUUUAUUUAUUUAUUUUUGCCACGCACAAAUACUUUAUUCCUGUUUUUAUAUUAAACAAAGCACUGUGUGAUCAAUGCGAGCAAUCUUUGCUCUUCUGUUGUUGUGUUUUUUUUGUUUCUUUCUUUAACCGUGCCAGUUCAGUAAAAUUUUAUUGAUCAUGUAAUGUACAAACUUUAGAGUUUCAAUGAGAUGUUAUUUUUUAACAAUGGACAUCCUUACAAAGCUGUGCAUUUGCUGAUCAUCAUUCUCUCUUUCUUUUAUGAUUCGUGAUUUUAUCUCUUCGUUGUAUUAGUCCACUCUGUAUUAGUGUUGUUUGCCACAUUGUGAUGUCAUGUGACUCGUCGUGUGUUGUGCUGCUUAGACAUGUUUGUGCCUUUUAUUGUGACACAGAAAUGCAAGAUGAAAACAAUAACUAGGGCGUGUGAACAUGCAGUGAAGAUGUGAACAGCUUGUAUGUGUUCUGCAUAUACUGUAAAUUAGAUUGAUGUAUAUAUUUUUUAAAUGUAAGACGAGACCUAUUUUUGUUUCAAAGCACAAAAUACACAAAUACACACAGGUUUACAUAUAAGCUGUGCCUUCACUUUAAAGUUUUUCACCAGCAGAUGGAACCACAUGUCUCAUAAUGACCAGGACUACACACACACACACACACACACUGCAAGGCAAAAGCAUGAAAGCAAGCAAGCAAAGAUUAUUGUUUUGUUUUGUUUAAUUGUAAUUGUCUUGUACAAAUAAGACAAUUUGUCAAUUAUAAUUUGAAUACAAUUAUUUGUUGAUUUGUUUAAAAAAAUGAUUCUUUUUAAUCCUGUUUAAACAGGAACACCAGUCCAGGAAGCUUAGUAAGGCUUUAUAAAUUAGUUAUAUGUACUUUUUGAGAGAUUUAAUCAAAAAAUAGAGUCACUGACUCAUUUUGCUUUCAGGAUUUUGCCUGAAGUUUAAAUAACAGAGAAAGUAGUGACUCUCUACUGCUUGCUCUAUUUCAGUUCCUUAAAUGAAAAACAAUCAAGCCAUCUAAAAUAAACCUUAUAUUUUAUCUGAAUGUUAUACACAGUACAGGAUAUAAUUACUGAUGGUUGUAUAAUGUAUGUAUGUAACGAGUGAUGUAAAUGAUUUCCCACUGUAUUGAAAAUAAAAGUGGAAAAUGUCAGGUAA